UCUGAUCUGAUUUCACUGAUAGUCUUUAUAUGCAAAAGAAAACAAAAAAGUCUAUACAGUGUUUGUAAUUUACAUAAAGAUAGGAAAUUAAUGCACUUUCAUUAGAGAUUUAUGAUCGAAAAAGUUUAAAAGUUAGUAUUAUGCUCGUACUACAUUUGCUCUGCAUAAUUACAAAUUUUCAUAUUUCACAAAUUUCUACAAUGAUAUAAAUAAUGAUAAAUGCAAUUAAUUCGAUCGGCCAAUUACAUUUUACUUUUUCUUAAUUCGUAGCUUAUUAUGGAGUUUAAACAAUAGAUCUGUAGAGUAAUGCACAAGAAAUCUAAAAGUGUUCAGUCGUACAACGAAGAUUAUGAAAACAAAAUUCUUAUUGAAAAAUGGAUGAAGCGUAAUUCUUCGAGUCAUGUUACAAUUGGACAAAAUGUAAUGAAGUUAGAUGAUUCGAGUAGGAAUGCUAUGCUAAUUUCAAAUGUAAAUGAUAUUCCUUUGGGCAAAUUAAAACCCAAUGUGUCAGAUACAACGAUUCAAAAAAUCGAUCAAGAGGCAGUAUCGAAUAAUAUUUUGAGCAAUAAACCAACAGAAAAACAAACUAAUGAUAUUCUAUCGAAAAAAAUCAAAUGUAAUAUUUUAAAACGUAAAGUAGCCAAACAAUCGACAAAAAGUACGGAUGUACAAUUAAUAAAAAAGCCUAUUGAUACUAAUGUUGUAAACAGAAAAUCAAACCCAGAAAAUGAAGAGAAAUUAGUUGCUCCAAAAAUCUCAAAAACUUCGUGUAACGUUAAAUGGAUAAAUAAUUCUACAGACAAUCUGAAAGUUGAUCAAAAAAUGAAUGGUAAAUUGCCUCCUACCAUGCAAUGUAACGAAAUAAGAUUAUCUUCUAUAGCUCAAGACAAGCAAAACGUAGAAAAUGAUAUGUACAAUAAAAGUAGUAUAAAAUAUUUACUUUGUAAGGAAAAAGAUGGGGAUGUCUAUACUAGUCUUCUCGAAAAUUAUCGAUAUCUCAUCACUCCUAAAUCCUGGUCAGUUAUUGAAUUCACGAGUGAAACAAAGGACCGAUACAUUGUUUUCUUCAAUGUACACGUAAUUAAGGAGAACGAUACUUUAAUAUCCGUGAUGAGAAAGAGUCUUAUCAUUAGUAAAGGAGCAGCGAUAAAUUAUUCCGUUCACGGACUACCCGUAGAUAUCAAGGGUACGAUACUACCAAAAGCUUUAGAUAAUACGAAAAAAUUACUCAGCAUUUUGCAUAUCUUUGACAAAAUGCAAGUAUGUGACGGGCUUGGUAGUGAUUUAAACAUAAUGCAGACUGAUUUUGUAUUUAAAGACAAUUGCCGCUAUUGGCGUCAUAAGCAUUGUAAAGUAAUUUUGGUAAAGGCAAUGCGCUGCUUAAUUUGCACAGAAACAAGAAAUCUUUUGUUAGAAAGAAAAGUUAUAUAUAAGGAUAAAAUAGAUGACACUUUCAACGGUUUGACUGCUAAGAAACAUUAAGCUAAAUUUAGAAUGAAAUUUUAAUUGUUUUAUAUUCAAAUUUUUGUAUGUAGAUAUAAUG